GUUGGAUGGACGCUGUUCUCACUGCUACCCUCUGAGGCUGCCUUGUUAGUUUCCUUUGUCGAUGAUGAUGUUACCAUGGAAAUAGAUGCUACUGCUACCUUCUGAAGUGACAUAUUAUUGCCCGAUUUGUCAGGAACAGUUAGUAAAGCUGGUUCUGGUUUUAUUGGUGCCGUAACUGGGUUUGGUUGUUGGUCGACCUUCGGAAGGCUAACAUCGGGUUUGGCCAUGUUGGACGGUAAACCAAUUUUGACAUGCUUCCGGAUGGCCAUGUAGACCGUAGAGUAAGAAAUGAUGAUGACCACAAAUGCGAAUAAUAAAUAAGCUAGUCGAGUUCCCUGCGAUACUUGGUGCAAUGUAGGAGUGUCAACACUAGUAAGUACCGUGAACUAUAAAGGCCAAAGAAUCUGGCAAUGAUGGCUAAACCUCUUCAUAUAUGCACCCCUCUGUUGGAGAGUGUACCCAUGAGUAAAGUAGCUGGCUGUAAAGUCUUCAUCAAAUGCGACAGCAUGCAGCCAUCGGCGUCAUUUAAGAUCAGAGGGAUUGGACACAGAAUACAGAAGGCAGUGCAGAUGGGUGGAAAACACAUCAUUUGUUCAUCAGGUGGGAAUGCUGGAUUUGCAGCGGCGUAUGCAGCCAGGCAGCUUGGUUACCCAGCGACCAUCGUCAUUCCAGAGAGUACACCAGACUUUGUGGCUGCUGGUCUGCGGGAUGAAGGAGCAGAGGUCAUAGUUCAUGGAAAGGUAUGGGAUAAUGCUAAUGAGUACGCGUUGAAGCUAGCUGAAGACAUUGAAGGCUCCAUCGUAAUACAUCCUUUUGAUCAUCCGGAUUUAUGGGAGGGGCACAGUACAGUCAUAACCGAGAGUGCCAACCAGAUGCCCAUCAAGCCAGCCGCAGUCGUCGUCUGCGUAGGGGGCGGGGGUCUACUCUGUGGAGUGGUGCAAGGAAUGAAGAAGGUCGGAUGGAGCGAUGUUCCUAUUGUUGCUAUGGAAACCAAAGGAGCCGAUAGUUACAAUGCGGCCGUUUUGGCUGGGGAGUUGGUCACACUACCAGAUAUAACAAGCCGGGCAAAAUGUCUUGGUGCCCUGACUGUUUGUAAACGCAGCUUGGAAUACUCCAAAGAGCACCCUAUUCACUCUGUAGUGGUUGACGAUCGGGACGCAGUGAAUGGAUGCCUGCGGUUAUUAGACGAUCAUCGCAUCCUCGUUGAAGUAGCGUGUGGAGCAGCUUUGGCAGGUGUCUAUAGCAACGUCCUUAGAGAUCUGCAAAAAGAAGGCAAGCUGCCGUCUGAGUUGAAGUCUGUUCUGGUGAUUGUAUGCGGCGGGAGCGGAAUCACACUUCAGAAGCUUAUAGAGUACCAAGCCAGUGUUGGAUUAUGAUUUUAAAAUAAGUUCCAAUAUUGACCAGUCUUUCAAUACUUUCAAUACUUUUUAUCACGAUAUUGAUGAUAGAAAGCUUCCCCUAAAAAUGUUACUUGCUGCUUGUAGUUUUUAAGA